AUGAGGAAACCAGCGGAUGCCGUCAGUGAGGCUGACAGCGUCACCGUGAACGAUGCGAGCUCUUCGCCGCACGUGCCCUCCGCGUCAAGUCCUCAGGACGCUGUCCAGCCUAGUCUCGCCGCGUCCCUGCAGAGGGAUACCGCGCAAUCCACCGAGGUUACGCGCAGUCACAGCAACGCCGGAUCACACGACACGGUGGAGAAGGCGCGUGACGGACGCGGUCAUCAUACAUCUACAGAAAACGCCGCUGAGGCAGGGGAGGAGCGACAAGAUGAGAAAGACUACAGCUACUCGAGCUACUACAGCUACGACAGCGACGAUGAAGAAGAGGACGAAGACUCAGACGCGUUGAACAGCAGCCACGGAGGCUCACCGGCGCCGGGUUCUCCGCCACCACAGGAGGAUCUCCUACACUUUCUCAGUUUUACGCUAGAGGACGCAGCCCUGAAGGAUCAUCGCUUCAUGACAAUUGAGGCUUUCCGUCAGGUGCUGCUGAUCGGCACCAAUCAAGGCGCUGUCGCAGUGGUGGAUGCUGCAACAGGAAGGUUGAAGGACCUCUUGUUCAACCACCGCGAGCCCAUCAGCGACGUGGAUUGCACUGUGAACGAGUUGUACGUGGCGUCGUCGGACAAGGCCGGCUACGUCUCCGUGCAGAGCCGACGAGACGCGAAAGACGUCUGGAUCUCCCAGCUGGGCAUCCCCAUCGAGUCCGUAGCCUUGCAUCCCCUGUAUCACAGGCUCGACAGUUGCCCGAUGGUGUGCGGAGGAGGCACCAAAGUGCUGCUGCUGACCAAAGGGAUGCUGUGGAGCAACAGCCGACGGGUGACGACGUUGCAGGAAAACCGCGGCCGCAUCCAUCGCGUUCGCUGGUGCCAUCGAGCCUCCAUCGAGAUCGUGGCGUGGCUGUCGGAUCAGGAAAUUACGUUGUACGACAUUAAAAAUGAAAACGUGGUGCGUCGCGUCGCGCUGCCCGACGACAUGGCGCAGAACGCGCUGUACCCUCCGACGUUGCGCUGGGAAAGAGCCUCCCCGACGGCGGGCGGCGGCAACGACAGCGUGAGCGAGGGCGGCAGCAGCAGUGCCGUGUUGUUGUGCGGGUGGGGGGACAUGGUGCAGGAGAUCCGCGUAGCCUCGCGCACGAGUCGCACGAACGAAAGCGGCGCGACAGCAGCGAAUAUCAGCAGUGCGCUUCAGAUACCAACAACGGCUGCAUUUCUGGCUGCACCGUUUCAGCAACGCACCUCGGUGACCCGGGAAAACGCUGCUGCCUCUUCGACGAAGAGUUCAUCACCGCCUUCCGUUGCUGCUGCCACCGCUGCCGCUUUGGCGCCCGCCCCCACGAGAAGCAGCACCCCAUACUUAAUAGAAUUGCACACGGCGACGCCGCUCCGACCAGGCCGCACGCCCUUUCCCUACCGAGUGUGUGGCAUUGCCCCGUACGGGCCACAGCGGUACGUCGUGUUAGCCAGCAUCGUCGACCCGCACGCCGAGGGCGUCAUGAAGGACUUGGAGGUGCGUGUGGUGGAGCGGAGUUCGCUGCUGGAUGUAUACCGCGGCCGCAUGCCCGUCCGCUUCAUUCACCCCCUUCAGCUGCGCCUCACCUACCUCGAUCCGACACCGUCGCAGAGUGCGGCGGCGAACGCGGCCAUCAGCAGUGGACCUGCGGUCUCGCUCGACCCGCUCUGGCCGUCGCUGCUCACGCAAUUCUUUAUCCUCUCCGUGGACGCAAUUGUGAAGGCGACGCCGGCCGACGUCGACGACCACGUGGAGUUCCUUCUGCGCUCUGGUCAAUUUGAGAAGGCCUACGCCUACGCCGCCCUCCACGCUCGCCAGAUUCGCCGGCACGUCUUGCAGCAAGUCGGCCAUCAGUGGCUGCUGCACCUGUUUGAAAGCCGCGGCGAGGACCCGAGGGCGAUCUUGCGGAUUAUCGAGCUGCUGCCGGAGCUCGUGCCGGACUACGACAGCCUGGCGUGGGAGCAGUGGAUCUACCGCCUCGACACGUGCGGGGAUUCGUGGCGUUUGGUUGCCCUGCUGCCAGGGCGCGGAGCCGCGUCUGCGGUGUACAAUGUUGACGACGCGACCACUGCCGCCGCUGCUGCGCUGGCGCCCGCUUCCCCGCUUCAGCCCGCGGCGGCGAAAACGGUCCAGGUCCCGAUUAAACGUGAGUACUACGACUUGGUGCUGCUGCGCUGUCUGCGCCACGACGCCAAUCUCUUCUACGCAGCCCUGCACAAGUUUGACACGCUAUUUACGGUCUCCGUCGUGCUGAAGGCGACGGAGGUGGCGUAUCGGGAGCACUGUAGUUCGCACGCGUGGUGGGCCGUCGAUGAGGACGAGAAAGAAAGCGAGAAAGAGGGUGGAGAGCUUGAGGCGGCGGGGGCAGCGGCUGCGGUUGACGGUGCGUCACCUGUGUCUCCACCCACGUCGCCCUCCGCCAAAAUUGCAAAGAAGGAGACGUGUGGAAAUAGUGAUGGGACGAGCACUGCUGUGAUGAACCGCACCGCUCGCUGGUCCCUCGCCGCGAGCUACAGCUACCUGCUGCGCUGCGCAGGCCGCUUUGAGGAGGCGAUGCAGAUCCUCAUGCAUCUGCCGUCGUCCCCACGCAGCGACAAGGAGCUGUUUGGGCUGAUCCGCGGCGAGCAGUUGUUCCGCAAAACCCUGCAGCUGCUACCGGAGUUACUGCAGCGACGCGAGCACGGCACAUUGGAGUUGUUGAUGCAGCACGUUGCGCCGCCGUCCUCUCGGCAUGCCACUCUUCAUCAACUGAUGCCAGACGACGCCGCAGCCGCCUCCCCAUCGCCGCCUCCCUCACCGAUUUCCCCCGUACAACACUUGGAGCUCUCCCAGUACGGCUCCGCGGAGGACCCACUGAACGCCGAGGCGGUGGUCGAGCGACUCGAAAGCAGUGACCGCCUGCACCUGCUGCGGUACCUGGAUCUGGUGAAGGAGGUGCACCCGAAGAGUUUCACGGCCGUCGCCAAGCGGCACGCGCAGCUGGUGGCAACGCUCUACAUCGACUACGACCGCCCAAGCCUCUUGCCGUUCCUGAAGCAGAUGUCCAUGUACUUGGAGCGCAUCCGCGAACUGCACGCCCUGUGUCACAAGAACAACUUCGUCGAGGAAGAGAUCUUCCUUCUUUUCCGCAUGGGUCGUGAGGAAGAGGCGCUGCGCAUCCUCAUUGAGAAGAUGCACGACAUCCAUCGUGCCUUGGAGUUUGUCGUCUCUAUCCCCGAUCGAGAGGAGCAGGCCGCACUGUUUGUGCGCUUGGUGGACUACACGGUGAGCUACAACGCCAGUCUACCGUGUCGGCAUAAACGGCACGACGACGAGGACAACGAGGACGUUGAGGACGGCUACGAUGCGGCGGUGGCGAGCGGGGGCAUUCGCUACGUGCUGCACCUCACGCAGCCCGGGGAGACGUACGCGAUCAUUGCGCAGGCCUAUCACGUUUCCGUGGACGAUCUCCGCAAGGCGAACGGCACGUCUACGCCGGACACGCGUGCCGGCAGCGUCUCCCCUCCCCCAAAGAGCAGUCCGAGAGGCGUCUACGCACUGCCUGACGGAGGUGCAAUCGGCGGGUUUCCUGUGAAGUCAGCCGCGACAGCCACUGCACCAUCACCACCGUCGCGGUGCGUCGUUCCCCUCAACCUAUUUGGGUCUUUUCUGAAUGCGCUGGCAGACCCGCAGUUCAGCGAGCACCCCGCACUAGACGUGCGCCUUGUCCUCAAGCGGCUGCCCAGCGACGAGCCGAUCCCGCACGCUGGGGCAAGCAUUGCGGCAAUUGCGCACACCAUGGCGGAGGAAACCGGCUUCUUGUCGACCGUCUCCGAGGUGGGUGAGAGGGACUUGAUGGGGUACUACGCACGGCUGCUGAAGCGACGCACGGCCGCCAUCGUGAUCGGACAUGGCGCGAGCCGUAAUGAUAGCCAAGAGAGGAAAAAGGCGACGAACACGCAUAGGGGCCGUAACACGGCAGCGAAAGCAGCAGCCAGUUCUGCGGCUCCAGUUGCUGCGAAAAAUCCGUCAGUAGGGGCAGUGCACCGCUGCGCCGCCUGUCACCAGCUGGUCACGCAGCAGGUGGUGGUGUUUGGAUGCCAGCACAUGUAUCAUCCCCGGUGUGUGUCGCAGUACAUGAAGGAGUCCGCGCAUGACGCGGGGUUGCCGAGAGAGUCGCCGACAACGCCCGAAGAAGCAGAGGAAGCGCUUCGCAAGCGCGCGGCGUACUGCCGCAGUUGCCGCCAACAGACCGGUGAGCAGAACUAA